AUGGUUUCCACCACAGGAGUUCCUGGUAAACGGAGGGGGGGAGACUCGACCGUGACGUCACUCAGGUGGGUUAUUGUCAUAAACCGACUGACGAUGGAGCCUGCCUGUCGUAAGGACAAGCCCAAGCUCAACACCACCCCCACCCGAGGGGACAGAGGCCGGCAGAAGACUGCCCAGCAGGAGCUCAAGCAGCGGCAGAGAGCGGAGAUCUACGCCUUGAACAAAGUGAUGACGGAGCUGGAGCAGCAGCAGUUCGAGGCCUUUUGUAAACAAAUGCAGUCACAGGGAGAAUGGACAUGGACCUCAGAUGGACAUGAACCUCAGAUGGACAUGGACCUCAGAUGGACGUGGACCUCAGAUGGACAUGGACCUCAGAUGGACGUGGACCUCAGAUGGACGUGGACCUCAGAUGGACAUGGACCUGAGAUGGACAUGGACCUCAGAUGGACAUGGACCUCAGAUGGACAUGGACCUCAGAUGGACAUGGACCUCAGAUGA